AAAUAUCGACAGCGGAAGGCGUGUUGGCGAAUUGAGAAGAAGAAAAGCGGGGGUUUGGACACACACGUGUGCAAGGGCGAACCUCUCUCUGCUAUCCCUUCGUUUCUACAAUCUGUGAGGUCUCGGAAUCUGAACGCUCUCGGAAAAGGACGAGCCUUCGGAUAUUGAUACCAUAGUCUCGGAGGCGCUGGAUUCCGCUGAAGGUCCUGGUCGAGGAGGACGAGGUUCCGGGAGAUAGAUAGCGUACGAACUGUUGCGCCUGGUGAGCGAAAUCCGCGAGGAGAGGAUUCUCGAAAAGAGGAGAGUGUAAACAGGGUCUCAGGACAGGGGAGCUUCCAUAGGAGUUGCAGCCAUGGCGGAGUGCUGCUCUUUGUUAGGUGGCUUGGUGGGCUCGUCGCCUAGUUUUUCUUCCAGGAAGCAGAUUGUGAGAACGAGGUUUUCGAAAAAUGUUAGAUUAGCUCCCGCAAGAGUGUCUAUGGGCUUGCCUCCUUUGUCGUCCCCGAAUGACCCGUUUCUGCACCAUCUAGCCGCUGCUGCUAGCUCUCCCUUAGGUCGGGAGCAAUUGGCAGAUGCUAGGAAGAAAGAUGAUGGUACACUUCCGUUGUUAGAUAUCAUAUCCGACUCAAUUAUGAUGGCCGCCCCCGCUCAGGUUGAACGUUCCACAUCCUACAACGAGCACCGACCAAGAAGGCCUCCUCCCGACCUUCCCUCUCUUCUGCUCAACAGUCGUAUCGUGUACAUCGGCAUGCCCCUUGUCCCAGCUGUGACCGAGCUAGUCAUUGCAGAGCUGCUUUACCUGCAGUGGUUAGAUCCAAGGCAGCCAUCAUAUGUGUACAUUAACUCGACUGGAACUUCACGUGCUGACGGUGAAACGGUUGGUAUGGAGACUGAGGGAUUCGCAAUAUAUGACACCUUGAUGCAAGUUAGAAAUGAGAUUCAGACGGUUGGAGUGGGUGCAGCCAUUGGACAGGCAUGCUUACUUCUUGCCGCCGGUGAGAAGGGAAGACGUUACAUGCUUCCACAUGCCACAGCUAUGAUUCAGCAACCCCGACUUCCAUCAACAGGGCAGAUGUCUGCAAUUGAUGUCCAUAUUAGAGCUAAAGAGGUUAUCAACAAUAGGGACAUGCUCGUUAAACUUUUGGCUAAGCACACCGGCAAUUCUUUUGAGAAAGUGGCGAAAGUUAUGGAAAGGCCUUUCUACAUGAACCCUACCAAGGCUGUAGAAUUUGGUGUUGCUGACAAGAUCUUAUGGCGAGGCCAAGAAGCUAUGGCCGAGACCCUGAAGACCGAGGAGUGGGAUAAGAGGGCAGGAAUUAGGGUAGUCCAGCGCCCUGCAGUAGAAGGCAACCAGAUGGGUUAACUCGUCUACUAUUGAAGUUAUUCUAUUAUAUAAACUUGUGAUUCAUGUCUCCAUGUAAGAUUCGUUUACUAGCAGGUACUUGAGCCGUAGUCAAAGGCACGAUGGCGAUCAAUCCACUUUCUCAGACGCUGGCUUGAAAAUCGAAGUUUUGUUGUUCACGUUCAUAGUGGAGAUAUCGUAUAGAAUUGUACAGAGUACAGAGUUGGACAGAAUUUAGCUGUUCCAUACAUCACUCUGCCACAAAGUGACAUGUAGCCCACUGCUGUUUGCUGUUGACAGCAGCACGAAAAGCAGUUGUAAAAUGAUAUCAAGCAUCCGAUCACUUCCUGCAUGACCCUAUGGUCCCAGUAACAUCAUAUGUGAUAGAUACUCUUGCUGAUUCGUUGUAUAAAUGUGACUGCCUCG